AUGCCAGCUCGCUGCAAACUCGGGAAGAGAGAUUUCCUAGAGGAUCUCGAGUAUCUCGAGGAACUCGCCGUUGCGGCUGGAGGAACUGCCAAAUUACGAUCCAAGCGAUCUCGAAAGGACCGAGGCCGCCGCAACCAAGCUGCCGACGCCGUUACCGAAACUGGUGUUGCCGAGACCAAGGUGGCUUCUGGCGCCGAAGAAGGUCCUGCCACCAUCUCCAAGGGUCCAUACCAAGCUCUGGACGAACACCAUGUAGUUGGCAAGCUCACGGACACCACCACUGCCUCUUCCUCGAAGACUGCCACGGCUGGUGCCAGCGGCUCCAUGAAGAUGCUCGAUGACGCCAUGUAUCAGUGGGAGCUCGUGACUACCACUGAGGCAAGCCUAGGCGACAACUCUGCCGACAAGGAGUACGAGGAUGGGUUCGUGCUAGUUUCUUCGGAUCUCGAGUGA